ACAGGAGAGGAUUGGCUACAAAGUGGACUUGAAAGGUCCAGGGGCAUUGACGAUUGACGGUUUCUUUGCUUUGAUGGGUUGCUCCCAGCCCUUGAACGGCACAGACCGCGGCUGCGGACCGAGUGUGACCCGUGUCCACAUCAAUGUGGAGGUGUGGACGGAAGGGUAUGCUGAAGCUUGGGCUCAGGUCCAAGCUGACUACCCCAACAAGGCACCGAAGAAUCUUGGGAACAUGGGAUACUCGGGAGCGUCCGCAGCGUACGUGCCCCUGGCAGUGCAGGAGAAGGCUUACGAUGUUGAGAGCAUCAAUCUGGACUUCUACCGAGACUACAACGGGUCCCGGCAAAAUCCAGGGGCAUACUUUGCCCACCCCCUGGAUUUGGAUCUCUCGAAACUGCUGCCGUGCGCAGACACUGCAUUGAUGUCAAACGAACUCAUGAGCGGCUAUCUCAACCUCACAGGAGAUUCAGCCGGGGUUGUGGUUGACAACGUGGGGCUGGUCACUGGCAAAUACUUUGAUGGCUUUUUUUGGUAUGGCCCCGCCUGCAGGGACAAUCCUUCUACUUGCUUGACAUGGUUCACUGGUGGCACUGGGUGGGGGAUGGGUGAAAUUCUGCUGAAGGCAGCGGUCUACAAUAUUCCCCUGGCAACAGCGGUUGCCAGCAGUUGGGGGAACUAUGUCAACCUGCCGGCGGAGUCCAACGUCAUGCUCUACUGGUGGGUUCCUGAUUCAACAUUCCUCAGGUUGCAACCAAGAAGGAUCACUUUUCCAGAACACGACCUAGAUGCAUGGGCACAAGGGGACAGACGGUCUGCUGCGAAAGACCUUUCCGUGGAUAAACAUGUCAGUCGCGAUUUGAGCGAUUUGGCUCCAGAGGUGGAGGAGUUCAUGAACAGAGCCUUGUCGAGGAACUCAUUUGGCUUGGGUGGUUUGGUGUGUAAAUAUAUAUAUAUAGUAUACAUAUAUGCAUACAUACAUACAUCUAUCUGCCUGCCUGCCUAUCUAUCUAUCUAUCUAUCGAUCUAUCGAUCUAUCGAUCUAUCGAUCGAUCUAUCUAUCUAUCUAUCUAUGUAA